UUUUCACAAGUUUCAAAAACUGCGCCGCCACCUCCGCGGCUGCAGCAUGGCACCCGUAGUGCUGCGUCACGGUUUUAGAAAAGUGGCCGGGAUCGACGAAUAUUUCCGUGCUAGUGCGCUUGAGAAGGGCCAAAAGUUGUGCGCUGCGAAGUACGCUUACGACGUCGAGGAGACCCUGGAAUGGUUUGAUGGCGAUUCACAAGUGGCGGCGAAAUGCCACUCGCAAGUGCGUCAAGCUACGUACGACGUCAACAUUCAGCUGUCAUCGCAGCGGCGAAAACUGGGUGCGCAGUGCACGUGCAAGGCCGGCCUUGGUGGCGGUUGCAAGCAUGUAGCUGCCGUCGUCCUGUUUGUCAACGAGGCCGACGUGCCGUCUUCGACUGAUCGCCCUCAAGGUUGGCACAAAGAAAGGUCGGUAAGGAUAUCCAGCUCCAUUGCACACCGCAUCCUGACUAGGCAAAAGGCCUUCGAGUCCCUGGCCGAGCAGCUGCAGAACUCCAAGACACCACUUGUUCCGGCGCUGAUGUAUGGUACUGCUAUAGAACCAACAGCAAGGGCAACAUUCGAGAAAAAAAUUGGUGCCAAGGUAACCCAGGUUGGCGUUGUGAUUCACCCCUGUCAGCCAUGGCUUUGUGCAAGUCCCGAUGGGCUUUUCCAGACAACCAGUGGUGUCAUUUUGCUUGAAAUCAAGUGCCCCUACAGUCGUAAAGAUGACAUAAUCAUAGAUCAUGCUCUGUGCGAAAGCUACGUUAGCUAUGUGACAUAUCAUGAUGGAAUGCUUCAGCUGUCUCGAAGCCACCCAUAUUAUACACAGGUCCAGGUUGCCAUGUAUUUCACUAACACUACAGAAUGUUUCUUUUUUGUUUAUACAAGCAAGCAAGAUAUUACUAUAGUUGUUGACAGAGAUGAAGAUUUUCUUGCUCGAAACAUUCCUCUGUUGGAGGCGUUUUAUUAUUCCUAUUACAUUAAGCAGCUCAUGCGUUAG